AUGCCUGUCCUUCAAACAGGCAUGUUUCCAAGGUUUGCCGAAAUAGAUUAUGUGGCCAAGGUGAACGAUCUUGCCGAGGUGUCGAGCUCAGUAUCGACAAUAGAGGAAAUGGUUGACAAAGACAUUGAGGCAAACUGUGUAAGGAAAGUUGGUAGUCAUACAAGAAACCUUUUGAGGGUAAAGCGUGGUCUUGAAAUGAUCAGAGUUCUGUGCGAAGAGCUACUAGACACCGAGUAA